GGUCGGGAGUAGUCAGCCAUUGCUGUGUCGUGGCUCUGUAGCCUAACAAAACACGGAGACAGAAAGAGGCAGUGAGUUGAAGCCGCAGUGUUUCGUUGAAGAGGCUUUUCACCGUUUUAACACGCACAAAUCCAGGUAUUUUCUACUCUUAGAUAAUAGGAUUCACGGCUCCAGAUAUGUCCUUCAUAUUUGAUUGGAUUUAUAGUAGUGUCAGUAGUGUGCUGCAAUUUCUAGGGCUGUACAAGAAAUCGGGCAAAUUAGUAUUCCUGGGCCUGGACAAUGCUGGAAAGACCACGCUACUGCACAUGCUCAAAGAUGACAGACUGGGACAGCAUGUGCCAACCUUACACCCAACUUCAGAAGAGCUGACGAUUGCUGGUAUGACCUUCACCACUUUUGACUUGGGAGGUCACCAACAGGCACGACGAGUGUGGAAAAACUACCUCCCUGCAAUCAAUGGUAUUGUCUUCCUGGUGGAUUGCAUAGACCAUCCAAGACUGGUAGAAUCGAAAGCAGAGCUUGAUGCCCUCAUGACGGAUGAAACCAUCGGAAACGUGCCUAUCCUCAUCCUUGGAAACAAGAUCGACAAGCCAGAAGCCAUCAGUGAGGAGAAACUGCGUGAGAUCUUUGGACUGUAUGGUCAGACAACAGGAAAGGGCAACGUCCCUCUGAAGGACCUGAACACGAGACCACUGGAGGUGUUCAUGUGCAGCGUGCUGAAGCGACAGGGUUACGGCGAGGGCUUCCGCUGGCUCUCGCAAUACAUCGACUAGACGCACCCCCAGGCCAACAGAGGGCGCUCCAGGAGCCCAGCCUAGCCCAGACCGCCAACACCAUUCCCAGUUCCAUGUCUGGAAAAGUCUGCUCUCGAAAAAAAAAAACAACCAACCAACCAACCAACGACAAAAUGAAAUGAAAAAAAAAACGAAAAAAAAACCACCACCAGUACAGCUCGAGCCCAAUAGACUUUUAUUGGUCGGACAUUUGGUCUUACACCCUCUUCUCACACACUUGUUUUCUAAGAGAAUAACCUAGCCUUGACUGUGCAGAUACAUGUAAAUCUCAACGGAAGAAUUUUUUUUUUUUUUCUUUUCCCUCCGCAAGAAGCCCGUUGGUGUGUGAAAUGCAACUCCGUUGUAGGUGAUUCCAAUGGUAUAUGGGGCCCAGCUGUUUUGAAACUCAGUUUAAACAGUUUGUCAAGUUGUCCUUUCUCUGCGCAAUACACUUUUCUACAGGAAGGCUAACAUUCAGACAUUUGCCUUUGUCCAUCAUGUUUUGUUUUUCUUUUUUCAUUUUUUAAAACAUGAUUUCAUUAAACUUGUAUAAUUAUAAAUAUAGAAAUAAUAUUAUAUAUAUACAGCCAUGUAGACAUAUCUGGUUUUAAAGGAUUCUUGUCUGGCAGUCCACUGUCCUCCCAGCUCUUUGUCAUGCGAACUUGGAAGUCUUGAAAUCAGACAUUUUUACUAAUUGAAAUUGAAAGUGAAAUUGACACCUGACUCAGACAGCUCUUGUGAACUCUUAAAAUGUUAAUCCUCACGACUUUUAUUGAAACGUAGACUUUUCACACAUUCUCUUGUGUUACCAAGUGCAUCUAAAGGUAAAGGAAAGACAUGGCAAUAAAUCUUUCACCCGACAGAGGAAGUGCAAUUCUCUUUUUAGGAAGGACUUGGUGACAUUUCUAAUUGACCAAAAGUGUCUCUUAUCUUUGGGGGUUGUGGUUUUGAUGGUGAAUCUACAGGAAAAUGACUACAUGACUGUGAAUAUAACUAGAGAGAGAAAUGGAGGGAACACAGAGCAGUGCUGCAUGACAUGAUAGAAGUGAUUCCUCCUGAUUGCUAAUUGAUGGUUUGUAUGGGGAGCAGACCAAACCGUGACCCCCUGACCUAAAAAAGAGAGAGAGAUAGAAAGCACUAAGAAAGAGGGAUGUAUUCCUGAAUGAGUGAGCGGACCAGAUGUAAUGUAAACAGACACCAUACAUGGAGGUUUUUU